AAAGCCAUAAUACAUACAUUUUAAAAUGUCUUUGACAUAAUGGUGAUAAAACUAAUAUAUUAUAUAUAAUAAAAAAAUUAACUAAAAAAAUAAAUAAUUAAACAGAAUUAAUGAAUGAAUGUCACGUGACCGUAUACUAUAUAUAUCCGAUGACCGUUAUAAUUUGUAUCAGAUGACCGUUGUGAUUUCCUCAGCCUACUGUACUCUCAACUUUUUUUGAUUAAUUUUCCCACAUUAAUAACCUGUAAAUAGCUCCAACUGUAUAUAUUACGUUCCUGUUCAGUCGUUACACGUUUUUUUACUUUGUUGUUUUUCUAGUUCAUUAUUAGUCGGCUUUAAGUUUGUUUGUAGUUUGUCUUCAGUUCGGCGAGUUGUUGGCUGGCAGUUCUUAAAAAAAAAAAAAGAAAAAAAAAAGAAAAAUGUACCUAAUAGUGGAGUUUGAGGGAGAAGGGACGACUGGACCAGUUGCCAAGUCCUGGUAUGCUGACGGAUACUCUUGGUGGCCACCAUAUAAAGACAUUGACAGGCUGUUAAAGAGUGUUAAAAUCAUGGAGACACCACAGCCAGAGAAGGGGUGGACCCGGCAUAAAACAAGAAUCCUGCACGAGUCAGCAUCUUUUCACAAUGUAGCCAACAACUGGAAGAAGGCCAGUUAUACAUCCGACAUAAAUUCAGAACCUGAAAUUGCUGGAAAAAGGAUUCCAAAAAAGAAACUGUGCUCCAACCACAUCUACUCAUCGGAUGAUGAGGCACCAGAACAACCACCUCUUAAAAAAAGAAAAAGUGCAGACAAAGAAAGUCUUCCACCAGCACCAAAGCCUCCUUCAAUUCCAAAACGCACAAAGAAAAAAGGUCCUGUUGUGCAACCUCAGGUUUUGCAGAGCAGAGCUGUAAACUCUUUAAGCAACUCAUUUGUCAAUCAGCAACAAUGUGAUAUGGAAGACCAACAGCAGACCUGGUGUGAGAGUCUCCCCAGCUUUCAAGCUCCAGUGCGUGUUUCUCAGCCAGACCAUCACGGAGACGGUUGGAGUGUUGAUCCACCUAACACACAAGAGCACACCUUUUCUGUCAUGAGACCCUCAGGGGACCACCUUGGACGAACGCAGACGACUGUGGGCAUCUCUCAGGCAGACCAUCACGGAGCCGGCUGGAGUGUUCAUCCACCUAACACACAAGAGCACACCUUUUCUGUCCUGAGACCCUCAGGUGAGCACCAAGGAAGAACACAGACGACUGUGGGCAUCCCUCAGCCAGACCAUCACGGAGCCGGCUGGAGUGUUGAUCCACCUAACACACAAGAGCACACCUUUUCUGUCCUGAGACCCUCAGGUGAUUGUGACCACCAAGGAAGAACACAGACGACUGUGGGCAUCUCUCAGGCAGACCAUCACGGAGCCGGCUAUGGUGUUGAUCCACCUAACACACAAGAGCACACCUUUUCUGUCCUGAGACCCUCAGGUGACCACCAAGGAAGAGAACAGAGUACUUCUGGUGUGAGACAGGAAAAUCCAGUCUUGCGUCUGGUUCCAAAUCAAUGUACAUCUGUAGAAAGGGCCAUUCUAGAAACACUAGAGAAAAUGGACAUGAAGAUCAACCACCUGACUUCACUGGUCCAGUCUCUAGUGGGAAACAGGCGCUUUUUACCCCCAGUGGCAGUGCAAAAUGAUGAGGAAGAUGGAAUCUUUCCUCUAGCAUCCACUGAGGAUCUAGACCGGCUGGAGCAAAGUCUGUCAGACAGAGGAUUUAUGCAGAGAAUGGUGAACAGAUUAUCCAUCAGCGGCGGGCCAACAAUGAAAAAGACCGUCUGGAGAAUCUGCACAAAGGUCUUCAGCACCAACGUCGCCCGCCAACUGAACUGGUGUGGGAGAGGUGACAAGCGGGGGAUAAGGAGGACAAACGUCGGGUCACUGUUAACCGCUUCAGCCAUGAGGAAUCCCGUCCUGCCGUCACCAACAGAAGCAGAGGCGGAAAAAUAUAUAAAAGAUUUCCUCCGCUUGGCUCCAGGGAGGGACAGCUGGAGGAGAGACAGCCUGUGCAGCAACAACACGACAACAAUGAUUAUAAGCAGGGAUAAUCUCCAGGUGGACUGCACGGGUCCAGGAUCAAGAGAUCAUUCAUCAUGCAGACCAUAUUCCAGCAGCGUAUACUGGGUGAACAACUAUGCCUCAUUUUUCCAAUAUCACUUAGGUAAGACUAAAUGGAUUUAAAGUGAUUUCAAUCAUGGUCAUUUGUUUCAGGUCUGCUUGAUCAUUUUGUUGUCCUGGAUGUGAGAACAUGGUCAAAAGGUGUGUCAAUCAGCAUCCAGCCAUAAAAGCAGCCUUCUCGUUAAAGGGCUCAGGAGGACAAACAGCUGCCAGAGGAGGAUGAUGAUGGCAGUGGUGACCGAGGUGACAGUGCAGCUCAAGAUGAAGAAGAGGAGGAACAUCUUCCAGUUUGCAAAAAUCCAAAGUGAAUAUAUAGAGACCAUCCUCCUAUCCUUGCCUCAGAAGAACCUGAGAAAGACCCUCUUCCUCUUCUCUCACAACUCUCCAUCAUCUACCUCUACAACACUGUUGGCAAGAGUGUUAUACACAGCUGAGGACACGGUAAUGAGAGAUCUCAAAUUCUUCCUCAAAGUCCACAUGUUCAUUUUCUUGAACAAAAACUGUACAUGUAUUUUUGGGUGGGCCAAACUAUUAUUUGAAGAAAUGCUAAAAAUCUCUAUAUUGUUCUUUAUACAUAUCUUUUACUCUUUAUGAAUGUCAUCUUCUGGAUUUUUUUUAGCUUUUGAGAAGCUCAAGGACUGUAUAUCUUUGGUAAUUGUGAUAUUGUCUGGCAGUAAAGCAGUAUUAAAGCACAUUACCUCAGUAUAUUUGUAGCAGCUGCCUCAUACAGGACACUUAGGAAAUGGUUUAAUAUAUAUUUUUUGCAAAUAAAUUAAUAAAAUAUCUGCUGAAUCUU